AAAGGGACGUUUUGUUUUAAGAUAACGUUCCAUUUGCCAAUUAUUAACUAGUAGAACAACAAAUGAUUUAAAUCUUACGUUCCUAAGUUAUUGAUGUCUACAACAAAUAAUUCAUUUAUAUACAGUUUCUUCUCAAGCAGUGAUGGAGAAUUGAGCCUGUUUAUGAUCUUCAGAUAAAAAUCAAUGAAGCAUGUGACAGUAACAAACAGAAUUCAAGGCUCGGUUCACUUUCUGUUUGGGGAGGCAAUAAACCGGGAUAUAAAUGAAAUGUAUUAAACAGAAAGCAGAAUGUGAACUCACACAGUGGCUCAACCCCUGACGCCAAAGGUCACUGUGAGCAACUUCAGCUCAAUCACAUGCAAUCAGGAGAAGCCGGCUCCCUCAGGCGUCGCCGAUUGGACAGUGAUCGACUCGUCACGGCGCUUAUGUCACAGGUGCUUUUGUUGGAAUUAUGACACUGACCGCAGACAAGGUGCUCAGUGGGACGGAGCUCGUCGACCUCCUGCUCGGCAACGCCGGCAAAAGCUCGGGUUACCGUGGCAACCAGCCAUGGGCUGACGCAGUCCCUGAUACUCUGAGCCAGGGCGGUGCUGAUGAUGACUUCCUGGAAGCCCUGCUCGCUGGGAGCGACACCUCCUCCACCCCAGCCUCCCCCCUGUGGUCUCCCUCCCCCCUGUGGUCUCCCUGCACCAGCGACAGCGGAGUCGCCAACGACCUCCUGACCCACGGGGAACAUCCAGUGCUCGGCUGCCACCCGGUCCCGGCGCUCCACACGCAGGCUCUGCUGCAGCGCUCGCCUCUUGACCACCACCUGCCGCCAGAUGAAGCACUAGCUGAUGUUUCUAUAGAUCUGGGCUGGGAGGCCGCUAACCUCCAGGACCAGCCUGGGCUCACAUACUACCUCGGUACCAACCAAAGCUGCCCCAUAGCUCCCAGUCAGACAGCCACGGUGAGAGACCUGCUCCUGUCAAACCUGGGACAGAAGACGCAUCGACUCCACCGCGAGUCGCUGCAGGAGCUCCAGCUGGACGAAGAUGAGAAGAAGCUCCUGAGCAAGGAAGGGGUCAACCUGCCCAGCAGGCUGCCCCUCUCCAAGUUCGAGGAGAGGGUUUUGAAGAAGAUCCGGCGGAAGAUCCGCAACAAGCGCUCGGCUCAAGAAAGUCGGAAGAAGAAGAGGGAGUACGUGGACGGCCUGGAGGGAAGGAUGACGAUGUGCAGCGCCCACAACCUGGAGCUGCAGAGGAGGAUCCGGCAGCUGGAGGAGACCAACAACGCUCUGCUGGAGCAGCUGAGCCGGCUGCAGGCUCUGCUUCCUGCCGGCUCCAACAAAGCCGCGCACAAAGGGACCUGCGUCCUGGUUCUGCUGCUCUCCUUCUCGCUCAUCAUUUCCUCACAUCUUCAUCCAGACCCCUACAGCCAGCUCAGGGGCGGGGGCUACACGAAGAGCAGAGUGCCGUCCCGCUCCCUGCAGUGGAUGGAGGAAGCAGGAGGCGUCCCUCCCGCUGCCCCCCCGCUCCUCCCCAGGGGCUCGGAGGCCCUACGCAGCCUGAUGGAGAAGCCCCGGCCCUGGAAGUCUCCCCCCACGGGAGACGCCGCAUCCUCCCCCCAGCAGGACCACAGGAGCCAGGAAGACCACUGACACACUGGGGCCUCGGGGAGGAAAGAAGCCCGGCGUCUAAAUGAGCAGCUUGAUCCUGUGUCACCGCGGAGCGUGAGCAAGCUGUCAGCUUCUCGCUACAGCAAAAACGGCUGCAUGAGCGAUUUUUCACUCGCGCGAACGGAGGUCGAGCGGGAGGUCACGCACGGAGACCAAGUUUGUUACUGUGCAUCAGUGGAGCGGCGCCUCAAGGGCCCAGCGGCCUCAGAUUCUACUGCACGAUCUGGAACGGCAGGUUUUUUUAACCAGUGCAAGAGAAUAAAAAGCAUUCAUCAGC